UUCUCCUUCUUCUGCUUCGACUUCGCUCUCUCCGUUCAAAUUACGCACAGCCCAAGGCCGAGCUCGGAAAGGAAAGCGAAAUUUCCGAGGGAUUGCGCGAGCGAAAGGGGAGGUAAAUUCGUCGGAGCUCGCCUUAAAUCUGCGAGGUUGCGAGGGCCUUGGCGAUGCCGGAGAGGCUCCGAUUUCGAUCCCGCGCGCCGUCCGUCGUUGCUUCCGCGUGAAGUCUUCUUUCCUGAGGGUCGGUCGGUCGGAGGACGCGAGCCGGAUUCGAGCCGAUUUUUGCGGACGCGGAGAGAGAGAGAGAGGGAGAGGGAGGGAGGGGGAGCGAUGCAGACGGAGGCGAGGGUCGGCGUUGUGGUGGAAGGAGGCCAGAGAGGGAUCGGCUCGGGCCACGGGAGCCUCGCGGCGGUGGACGGAGCGGCGCGCCAAUGCUCGCAGCAGCAGCAGCAGCGGCAAUCGCAGCAGAUCGGGACGGUGUCGCAGCUGCUCGCCGGCGGCGUCGCCGGUGCCGUCAGUAAGACCUGCACGGCUCCCUUGGCGCGGCUCACCAUACUCUUCCAGGUGCAAGGAAUGCAUUCUGAUUCAGCAACUCUAAAGAAGGCCAGCAUAUGGAAUGAGGCUUCAAGGAUUGUGCGUGAAGAAGGAUUUAGAGCUUUCUGGAAAGGGAAUCUAGUCACAAUUGCCCAUCGCCUUCCUUAUUCUUCUGUAAACUUUUAUACUUACGAGCAGUACAAGAAGUUUCUUCAUAUGAUCCCGGGAGUGGAAAGUUAUAGGGGAAAUACAAGUACAGAGCUCUGCAUACAUUUUGUUGGCGGUGGUCUAGCAGGAAUGACAGCUGCAACUGCUACAUAUCCCUUGGAUCUUGUCAGAACACGUCUUGCGGCUCAGACAAAUGUUAUCUACUACAGAGGUAUCUGGCAUGCUUUACGAACAAUAAGCAGUGAAGAGGGCUUAUUAGGACUUUACAAGGGACUUGGAGCGACUCUUUUGAGUGUGUGCCCCAGCAUCGCUAUAAGUUUUUCUGUGUAUGAGACCUUGAGAUCUUCUUGGCAGUCACAUAGGCCUGAUGAUUCCUUUGUUGCUGUUAGCCUGGCUUGUGGCAGUCUUUCUGGUAUUGCAUCUUCAACAGCGACAUUCCCGUUGGAUCUUGUGAGGAGACGGAAGCAGUUGGAAGGAGCAGGAGGCCGUGCUCGGAUAUAUCAGACUGGGAUAUUCGGUACAUUAAAGCACAUAGUCCGGAAUGAGGGAUUUCGUGGUUUGUACAGGGGGAUCCUUCCUGAAUACUACAAGGUGGUACCAGGCGUAGGCAUAUGCUUCAUGACCUACGAAACACUGAAAAUGCUUCUUGCGGACAUUGCUUCUGAUUUGUAGUGUCGCUGCGAAUUCCUGGACGCCAUUGGUCGAGGGGGAAGGAGGAGGUGGAUCAUAGGAGCAUGGUGCUGUUUUCGCUCCCUCCGAAUUGGCUUAGGUUGAUUUUAUUUGAUGAGUUUCCUUAUGGCAGUUAAAAGUAUCGCGUGCUGCCGUUUGGUUCUAUUUAUCCUUGUAUAGUAUAGGUGCAACAUGUUACACGUCUUUAAUUGCCAGCAUCAAGAAAGUCACAAAUAUGCUACCUCAAUGGAAAGUCAUUUCUUAGUU